UAAUAUUACACAUUAUUAAAUUACCAGUAAUGAAACAAAAACUAAUAAAGGCACCUCAGAGAUACAGAGAGCUUUACAAGAAGAUCAGGAGUUUGCCCCUAGAUGUGAAUACGAUUGAAUUUGCUCUUGAUGUGACCAGAAAGCUCUUUAAACAACCGGCAAUUGUAAAGAAUAGAUACUUUUAUCAAAAAAGACAUCGUAAUACAAUAAAAGUUAUAGACACAGUUCUUAUAGAGAAAAAGUAUGAAGGUAUCCAUGAAGUUCUCGAUCUUAUAUAUAAAAGACAGGAAUUAUUCCCAGAGAAACUUGCGGAAUUUUUGAAGUUGCAAUUGAUUCAAAUUACCCCAUCUUGGCCAGAACGUCACUUAAUCGAUGAGGUUACAAAAACCCCUGAGGUGGUUGAAAAAUAUCAUGCUGCUGUGGAAAAUGAAAAGGAGAAACCUUUCAAAUUAACCAAUCACUUUGGGGUGAAACCGGAAGAAGUAGGAAGUCAAGAAUCUCUUAUUUCAAACGAAACUCAGACGUCUAUCAAGAAGAAGUUAGAUGAAGGAGUGAAACAGGCAUAUCUGGAAAGGAAACAAAGACAGCAGGAGGCAAUUCAAUAUGCUAUGAAAGCUUACACAUUUCUAGAAACGAACCAAGGAAUUCUUAGUCACUUGAAGAUCAAACCGAUUGAAGCGAUAUACCCAAUUUCCAGUCGUGGAACACCAUUACCAGUCGUUUCAAGAAGGAAAAUCAUGAAAGAAACGAUCCAGAAUGUUAAGCUCUCUCUCAGAGCACACUUCAGACCAUUUCAGAAAGACCAGCUUUUGCAACUACGUGAUGUAGCUAUUUCCUCUUCUGUACCUAUAAACCCAUUAUUUUUCCGUUAUGCCCAGAAAGAGAUCGAAACAAGGUCAAAACCGUCACCAAGACGGAAGUCUAAACUUCCAAAGAGUGCAAUCCCAACGGAAGCAAACAUAAGAAAAAUAUAUCGUAACUACGUUAUGAAGCAAUGUUAUUGGGAUGAAAAAGAUCAAAAAUUUAAGGUGUCAGACAUGGAAGACUUUUACGAAUCUAAACACCCAAAGGUCCCUGAAGUUUCUAUAGAGUAA